AUGGCUUCUCAAAGUAGUCGAACAUACAAUGAUGCCAUUGACGCACUCAAUCUCCUCCAAACUCCCUACACUAUAAUCGAGGCUCGUCGCAAGGCCGGCAUACGACCCGAUGCUACCUCCAUUGCCGAAAUGCAGAUUUACCUGCAGCGCAUUGGUUACUCGACUUCCGACCUUGACCGGCUCAACGUCAUACAUGUUGCAGGCACUAAGGGUAAAGGAAGUACAUGCGCAUUCACUGCCUCUAUCCUCUCCAAAUAUCAAAAGUCACACGGCAUUCCUCGCAAGAUCGGACUAUUCACUAGCCCCCACCUCAUCGCUGUACGGGAACGCAUACGAAUUAAUGGAAUUCCCGUAAGCGAGGACGUCUUUGCCCGCUACUUCUUUGAGGUUUGGGAUAGGCUUGGAGAGGCCGAGGAGACCCCAGGACAAAUGACUGUCGCUGAACUUUUUAUGGCCCCUCGACCUGUCUACUCCCGCUUUUUGACCUUGAUGAGCUACCAUCUAUUUCUCCAAGAGGGUAUCGAUGUUGCCGUGUACGAAACAGGAAUUGGCGGCGAGUACGACGCCACAAACGUCACAGAACAUCCUGUAGCUACAGGUAUCAGUACUCUCGGCAUAGAUCAUGUCUUUGCGCUUGGGGGCACGAUCGAUAAAAUUGCUUGGCAUAAGGCAGGCAUCAUGAAGAACGGCAGCGCUGCUUUCACCAUCGAACAAGUUCCUGAAGCUGCCAAGGUGCUUCAAGAACGAGCUAAGGAAAAGGACAUGCAAUUGAAGGUCCUGGAGAUAGACCCAAGACUAAAGGGUGUCAACAUUCGGCCAAAUGCUUCAUUCCAGAAGAAGAAUGCUAGCUUAGGGAUCGCACUAGCAGAGAUGGCAUUGAAGAAAGUCGACCCAAAGUUUAUACCAGGUUCUUCCACGUUGAGUACGGAGUUCGUCGAUGGCCUCGAACAAGUCGUGUGGAGAGGAAGAUGCGAAGUCAAGAUCGAAACACCCAUCGUUUGGCACGUCGAUGGGGCGCACACUAUAGACAGUCUUAAAACUGCGACAAGAUGGUUUGCGAGCGAAAUCAAGACAAGGACUGGACCAAAGGCUUUGAUAUUUAACCAGCAGGGUCGAAACGAGGCCGUCGACUUCCUCGAGGGUAUGGUGUCUACCCUGAAGGCUCAAAAGCAAGGAACAUUCCAGCACGUCAUCUUCUGCACAAAUGUUACCUACGCCAGUACGGGGUAUAAGCGAGAUUUCGUAAACCACCAGUACGACCCCGAAGCCAUCAAGGCGCUCACUGCGCAGCAUGCUUUUGCAGAGAAAUGGGCCGCUUUAGACCCAGAGGCGAACAUAACCGUGGUUCCCACAAUCGAAGAAGCCAUAAAUCAUGUCAAGGAUCUGGGCAGUUCAUUAUUGGAAAAAGAAGAGACAGUUCAGGCCCUAAUCACGGGAAGUUUACAUCUCGUGGGCGGGGCUUUAGGUAUACUAGAGGGCACGGAUGCUCUAUGA